GAGGUCAGCGGUAAGAAUAGCGAACCCCCCCGACUACACUGUAGCAGAAGAACGGGUUGUCGCUCGUUGAUCCUUCGUUCCAGUCACUGUUGGGAGUAUUCUAAACCCACGAUAAGGAACAGUGUUCUUUACAUUUGAAAGUUCUUUCCCUAGAUUGAUGAUUUAAGAUGGCAGCAAUACGCAAAAAACUUGUGAUUGUGGGUGAUGGUGCCUGUGGCAAGACCUGUUUACUGAUUGUGUUCUCUAAAGAUGAGUUCCCUGAAGUGUAUGUGCCUACAGUGUUUGAAAAUUAUGUGGCUGACAUUGAAGUUGAUGGCAAGACAGUAGAGUUAGCAUUAUGGGAUACAGCAGGACAAGAAGACUACGAUAGGCUACGACCUCUUUCUUAUCCCGACACUGAUGUUAUCCUGAUGUGCUUCUCCAUUGAUAGUCCUGACAGUUUGGAGAACAUCCCUGAAAAAUGGACUCCUGAAGUGAAGCAUUUCUGUCCAAAUGUCCCAAUCAUUUUGGUUGGUAAUAAGAGAGAUCUCAGAGAUGAUGAACACGUCAAGAAAGAAUUGGCAAAGAUGAAACAAGAACCAGUCAAACAUGAAGAAGGAACUCAAAUGUGUGAAAAGAUCAAUGGGUAUGCAUACUUGGAGUGUUCGGCAAAAACAAAGGAUGGAGUGAUAGCUGUUUUUAGAACAGCUACAAAAGCUGCCCUUGAUACCAAAGCGAAGAAGAAAAAAAUGAAAUGUUGCAUAGUUUGAAACAUCUGGUGAGCCAGUUUACCUGAAACUUAUUAAAAAUUGAACCGUUUGAUUAUAAAGUUAUAGUUUUUUGCUUGAAACAAGAGUAAUAUUUUCAAUGGAUCAAAAAAUUCUUCACUUAUGUUUGGUGAAUUUUGAUCCAGUCUGUUUGUUUGUCAUUCAUGGUUAUCAAUCCCAAUAACUGAUCAGAUAGAAUGUAAUUAUCAGUUUGUUAAUUACUUCAGAGUUUGCAUGUUAAGUGAACGGUACAGCAAACAGUACAGAUUUGAUUAUCAUCCCAUGAUAUGAUUUAUUUUUGUUUGAGGUAAAUGAUAUAAUGUAUUAAUAAGUGCAUUCAUGCGUUUUCUUUUUCUAUAAGCAAUUAUAAGUAGAUCUUUGAAAAAAUUUUUGCCAUUAUUGUAUUAAUAAAAUAGCUUUUAGUCAUUGAAAAAAUAUUUGUUCUUCUUAUUUAAUGCAAACCCAAUGAAAAGCUGAAUACAGUCAUUUUUUGGUGGAAUGCUAUGAUGUCUCCUUCUAAAAUUUGAUAUUCGCACCUCAUGCAGGAAAGAUCUAGCUGUAAAUGUACUAUUUCUGUCUUUUGCUGAUGCAAAUAUCAAUAUAUUUUUAGGUAAUUGUGUUAACCAAUAUGCCAUUUGUUGUUUCCCCAAAGGGAUUUGCUUUAUUUCACCUCCAUCGCUGAGAUUUGAUUUAAUGUUUUGUGAUAAAAAUCAAAAUAUUCCUGCAAAGGAAAAGUGUGUAAUAAUUUUUGUAUCAAACAUUUACAUGACAUUUCUUUGAGAAAAAAAUAUCUGUGGGUGAUCACUGCAUUCCAGGUACUCUAGAUCAGUAUCGAAAUUAUAUCUGAUUUGAAUUUCUGAUUAAUAUCUCUAUGAUAAGCAGAAUAUUAGAUAGCUAUUGACCUUUUUCGCUCUUCCAUCAGUAUCCAUUUUCUCCCUAUUGUUUUUGAUACAUUUCUUAAGGUGCUGACAAGGAGAAAUUGAUUAUCAAUCAAGAACUUCUUUAGUUGGUGAUCAUUUCCUUGAUUCUCAUUAACUUAAAGUGUGAUUCAGAGGUGAUAUUGUAAAGAGAAAUUAGGUACUAAUCACUCUUAGGGAUAAGGGGUUUAAGGAUGCUGCUGGUAUCUUGUUGUGUUGAUGUUCCAUCCUGUUCCAAUCUUUUGGAUUAAUGGAGACAAGUGAAAUUGUGAGGGACUGAUGCAAGGUGGUUAGUUAACUACUUUUUUUUCUUUCCUUUGACACCUUGAUAUUUUUUACCCAUUCUUUUAUUGCUUAUUUUACGUCCAGCUGAUGGAAAGUCUGGCAUAGGUUACUGAUGAUUCAGUAUACUUGUCCUAACCCAGCCAUGUUGUAUUCUGUACCAAUGUGUGGAACACAUUUGUUUGCGAAUAAAGUCAAAGGACACUUUUGUUUG